UCUGCCUCUUUCAGGCUGCAGAACGAGAGGUUGCUAAUUCGAUCGAAUACGGGUGGAUCUUUUGAUUAUUACUCGGAUUCGAACAAUUCACCGGCAGAAUUCGACCUCGGCCGUCUUCUCCCCAUCGAUAUCUGGUCAGCUCGAAGGGAAGGUGUGCACGGCCUCAAUCAAUCGGGAUUCGAUGCCACCGCGAAUCGAAUGGGAGAGCCAUGCAGCAUGCCAAGUGUCAGGCAUCGCGGUCUGCAUAACGCUGCUCUGGAAAGAACAAGUCCCGUGCACCAAAGGGAUCAAUUGAUGGAUAUGGAUCGCCGCAACGAGCAGGUGUCAGCACUCUUUCCAGCAAAGCCAAGAAGCAAGUUUCAAGGCUUGUCUGAGACAUAUGUUCCUGACUACGGAUACCUGACUCCCAACGCUUCGAGGCUUGUGCAGCAGCUAGGGCAGAAGGGACAGGCGCCUCAAGUGCCGCUAAAAUGA